AAUUUCAUUUCAUUAUAGUCGAAUUUCGACUACUGCGGGACCACUAGUAUAGUAUAAAUAUACCAACGUUUGAUACAAAUGUAAUCAUCGUUAAUUUUAACAGAAUUAAAGGCAGUUCGAAUUAACUAUAUUGGAUGGAAACAUGCGAAACAAUUUCAUUGAGAAAUUCGAGAAGCAACGAGAUUACGAGACAAAACCGGGACGUACAAUCCGUAUAAGCAUCAGCUACGGUUUAUUGUGUAAGACACGAGUAAAAAACAAGGUCAACCGUGCUCAUUCAAGUCCGGCUACUUCGCUGCGUCGUCGUGACAGCCGCGACAACGAAUUCACGAGAAUGGUAGGUGUGAUUUCAUCAUCCGGACCGCUUUCGAGCAAUUGUUGCUGUGUAGUUUCGCUUGAUCCCGUCACACAAUACGGGCACAAUGUAAAACCGUUCUUUGUUUAGGUACAUAAUAUAUAUUGUGUUGUGUGUGUGGAGUGUGUGCAAUCGAUUUCCGUGCGCACAGUGCUAUGUGCCUUUUAGAAUAUGCAUUUGAUAAUAUUUAUGGUAAAUUAAUUGGCUUCAAUGGCUUUUGAUGUAGAUAUGGUUAUCGCUUUAACAGUUCAUUCACUCGUUCAUUCCGUUUUUUAAUAGCCUACGUUGAGAUACCAGUUCGGCGACCCACGAAGAUCUCUUAUGAUUUUUGUAUCGUAUGUUCCAUGGGGCAUUAUCUGAGGAAUUGUCCGAGUUGAUAUGGUCCUCUGUACCCUCUACCGGAGAAGAUCCUUUUUAGCCGAAGCCCAUAGACAUCUACGACGUAAAUGCCACCACCCACCUUGAGAUCUGAGUUCUAAGUCUCAGAUUUUU